UACAUAUCAAAUUCGCAUGCUUUUCGUGUUAGCAGAAUGCCGUAUGUUAACUCCCUAAAACCCCUGGGAUGACAUAUCGAUUCUGGUAUUGUAUUGUAUAUUUUGAUUACAGUAGGGUCUGUGCCAAACAAUAUUGUAAUAUCAUCACAAUAUAGACACAUUAUUUUCCAUGCUUUAUAAUGGUAUUUGAUUACCAAUCGCCUGCUUCGUUCAGGUGGAAUUGUUCUGUAAAAGAGAAAGUUAGUAUUAGUUAUUCGCACUGCUAGCUGAAGUCAGAGGAUGCCAAAGCUUUGGACGGACUGAUGAUUGAACUCAACGGGAAAAUGAGGAAGUUGCCCUGAACCGACGCAUUACGACUACGGCUCACGGUUUUAAGUUCAUAAAACUGACCGCCAACGGCUGUUUGAUGAGCAGCAAACGAAAGCCGCCUCUGAAGUCGAGCUGACAGAAGCUGGUUGAGUUUGUUUUAAAGAGUUGAGCAGGGUGUGACCGCACUUCGUUUAAAUGUUACAUGCAGCACUGUAUAUAUUAACGAACCUCACCAUGAACGGAAUCUGCCAUUUCUACGUCAACCCGUGUGGAUGACACCACCGCCGCCGGCGCCCUUCCAAAGCAUACAGCGGAGUGAAAACAAACCGUCGCUGAGCAAAAAGUUGACUUUUUAAAAUUAACUUGGCAAAGAGCAGGCGGUUAGCCAUGUAGCUGGCUGCAUAUGACCGGACUGGACUCCGACUAAUGUCUAGGGUGUCAAACAUCUUUUUUUAGUCUGUGUCGUGUUUGUGUGUGUAGAUGUAUAGUGAAGUUAUUUUGACGUCGACGUGACUGUUUCUGGUUGCUAUGGCAUUUUUAAACGGCCCCCGACUGCUGGACUGGGCAAACUCUCCUCCACAUUUACAGUUCAACAAAUACGUCCUGACAGGCUAUAGACCCAUCUCCUCCGUCCAGGAGUGCAUCAAAAGUCUCUUCUAUCUGCACAAUGAGCUGGGGAACAUCUACACACAUGGAAUCCCUCUGCUUUGCUUCCUGGUGCUGCUCCCACUCAACAUUCCCUGGUCACAGAUCAGUGUGACGUGGCUUGGCGUGGUGCACUUUUUGGCCUGUUUAUCUCCACAGCUGGGUUCAGUGGUCUACCAUCUCUUCAUGAACCAUGAGGGUGGUGAGCCCGUCUACAAAACACUUCUCACGCUUGAUAUGUGCGGAAUCUGCAUGAUCAACACGCUAGGAGCUCUGCCAAUUGUGUACAUCACUUUACUCUGCUACCCCUUCACCCGCACAGUGGCUCUGCUAGUGUACAUUCUGCUGUCCAGUUACGCCAUCUACUGUGCCAUCACAGCACGCAGCAGAGUACGACGCCUACGUUCCUUUGCCUGGCAGUUGCUUUUCCGCUUCUCAUUUUUCUUACUGCGCUCUGUGGGUGUGGGUGGAGGGAGUCCCACCUCACUGCGUCACUUUGUUACUAUGGAUGCACUGGCAGUGUUAGGCGGGGUCAUCAAUAUCACCCGGAUCCCCGAGCGUUUCCGCCCAGGCCUCUUUGACUACUGGUGCAACAGCCAUCAGAUCAUGCAUGUGCUAGUGGUAGUUUCCAUACUGUACCUACACUGGGGGGUGCUGGAUGACCUACUGUGGAUAAACAGCCAUGACUGUCCCUCAGACUGA